GCAGAAAACUUAUGAUUUGGACCCCAAACAAAAGCAACAGAUGUUGAAGGAUGCGGGAAAGUACUUCCGAAAUUGGAAGACUAAUCUUACUAGGGUACACGUUUACGACGCUUUGAAAAAAAUACCCAAAUGAGUUCCCGCCAGCUUUGCCAUUUGGAUUUGAGAAUGUCAUAACUCCGGAUGAAUGGUUAGCGUUUGUGAACUCAAGAUUAACUCCCGAGUGGCAAAGAAAGAGAGAGGAGAUGCAAAAUUAUCGAGCACUGAAUAAAUACAAUCACAACCUCUCUAGAGGAGGCUAUGUGCGUAUUGAAGAGAUGUUAAUGGAACAAAGUGGGAAAAGUCUGACUGAACUUGAUAGGGCAGAUUUAUGGAGCAUGGGUCGUCGGAAUGCAAAAGGAGAGCUAAUUGGAGAGGCCUCUGAGAUUCAAAAAAAUAUUGAUCAUUACCGGCAACUCCAAGCUGAGGGUAAAUGGGCACCUGAUGGCCCUGAUGAUGUGCUGACGAGGGCGUUGGGCACUCCUGAGCCUCGAGGACGUGUUAGGGCUGGAGGACACGGUGUGUCCCGCUCAGUAUAUUGGAAUACUCCAACACCUACCUCAACGAAAAAUAAAUCAAAAGCCUCUUCUUCGAAUGACGACAUUAGAAAGGAAUUUGAAGAAAGAUUUCGAAAACAAGAAGAAGAGCAUCGUCAACAAGCACAACGCCUAGAAGAGCGCCUUCAACAACAAGAUGAGCUCUUGAGAAAAUUAUUGGCCCAACAGAGCGGGUCAGGAUCUAACGUUGGAGUCCCACCAGCGCCAUCAUCAUACUAUGUGCCCGACCCACCAGUGCCACCAGCGCAGGCGUCCUACUAUACUCCGGACCCAGUAGUGCCUCAAGCAGAACACCACAUUGUUGCACUACAACCGCUUUUGCAAGAGGGCCGAGCAUGCCAAUUAGCAAUUGGUUCGGUUUCAAACAUUGUUGCAUCAGGUACACUCAUUGAAAGAGAGGCAGGCAACAACUUCCAAGUUAUGAUUACGAGUGUUCUUAAUUGUAAUGGGUGCCAACGUUUAAUGGCAGAGAUAGCUAGUAAGAGUUUAAAUGUAACCAUCUUAGCUACUGGAGAAAAAGUAUCAAAGAAAUCAAGCCCUUCUUGUUGCGUGUAA